CAAUUGUUGUCGCACUUUUGGAGCUUACCCCACAGUCCGGUGCUGGUUCGGAUGUAAAUCAGCCGAUGCCCGUGUACCCGUGUACCCCAGCAAGUCUAUCAAUAGACGCUAAACAAUAUGCAACCAACCCGGUCUCCAUCUUCCUCAUCCAUAAUUGCGAUAACUUACAUACAACCUACAACUUAUAAGUACACCAAUCACCAGAUCUACCAAAUUUUCAGACCUCCACCAUGACAACCCCAAAGGCAGAUCCGAUACCGUUAUUUCGACCUUCCAAAAAGCGCAAGGUUUAUAGACAGCGAAAUCAUGAUGAUGACUUUGAAACUGGAGUCGUACAAUCAAUACCCGCGCCUGCACCCGCACUUACGUCCGCAGAACAGAGUUUGGAUGAAUUAAUCUCAUCGAAUUCCGUUCCUAUUAAAAAAGAAGAGGAGGAGGAGGAAGCAGGAAUAAAAGAUACUUUAGCCAUAGCUGAAAUUUUACGCUUGCGAAAACAACGAAGGAAAAUUGGAGGAGUGGAGUUUAGAGCUGAAUCUAAAAUUCGAGAAGAAAAUGAUGCAGAUUCAAAUGGAGAUGCGCUGGUCAAAUAUGAAGAAAAGGAUACAGAGGAAGUACAACCAGAAGGUGGGCUUUCUAUGCGACGAUUCGCGCCGCAGAUGGGAGUUGUGAAUAGUGGUGUUGAUAAACAUAUGUAAGUACAUUUCUUAUUCUUCCUCUUGAACUGGUUGGGUACAAGUACGGUGACUAAUAGUAUAGGAUGGCAUAUAUAGAAUCGAAACUAGGACAUAAUUCUCAGUCUGUUAAUUCUCCAUUCACGAAUCCAGAAUCGGGAAAUUCGAAGAAUGAGAUCUCAACACUGCAAUCUAAAGAACCUCAGAGAGCACCUACUACAAUGGGUCAAUUACUCGAAAUUGAUUUGGGAGAAGAAGCUAGAGUGAGGAAUGCACAUCGAACAGAAAUGGCACGGAGAAAAGCAGCGGGUGAAUCCAUUGAUCUUGAAGAAUCUGCACAAAAUUCUACCUCAAGACCCCGUUUAGGUCGCGACGGUAAACCCUGGCGUGGACGCAAAAGAAGAGGAAGUGAUGAUAUCCAACGCGACGCUCUGGUUGAUGCUAUCUUACACGAAAAUCGUCUAGACAUCUACGAACCUGUACCUUCAUCAUCACUAUUAUCCAAAGAAGUAGAAGGACCCAAUGAUGAAAUGGUAGCGGAAACAUUUCGUAAAGAUUGGGAAGAAGCUAGUUCUCAUGCAUUACUGCAGAGACAACAGCAAAUGUCUGAAAAAGCAGCUAAGGAAAAGAAGAAAGGAGGUCAGGAAAAGACAGAAGAGGAAUUGUAUAUGAAAGGACCUAAGUUGGGAGGUAGUAGGAGUGCGAGAGCAGCGAUGAGGGAAGCGAUGUUGAAGGGGAAGGGGGUGAAGAGGUAGGGUGGAGUGAGUGGAUGGAGUCCAUACUAGGUGCAUGUAUUGAUAGUGGUUAAUUGGGAGAUGUGGAGAUUGAAAGGGAGUGCAUGGGUGAGAAUAUAAUUGUUGGUAUCACUUCGGUGAUACGAAUGCAGUGCAUAGUAUUCUUGUUGUAUUUGUUCAUGGAUGAUUAUUAUCUAUCUAGGGGAGAGGGACCUAUUUAUAUUGAAAGGGGUACGGGCUAGAAUGCACUAGUCGUACGGCUCCCUUUAUGUACGGCCUCCCUUUCGAGUUUGAUCACAUGAUGUACCGACAAUAAUGUAUGCAUAUGCAUAUGAAGUUCAUAAAACUAUCUAAUUACCCACAAGAAUAUA